AUGACGUUUUCGGCGGUAGAAAACAUCCUAGUUCCGAGGGGCGAAGAGUCUCUUACGGCCCUUAUCUCAACCAACUUCAAAAACUUGAGGCAAGUUGGUUUGGAAGCAUCCGAUUCGGAGCAGGAGCAAGUAGCCGAGGAGGUCGCUGAGGAAUCAAGCCAGUCUAAAGCCGAAGUAGACGAGGCUUUGAAGAUAGCCGAAAUAGGCCGCCGUCAACAUGACGCUAUAGAACAGAUCGCUUUCUUGAAAAUCGAAGUUGAAAGUGAAAAGAGCAAGGCUGUGGAAGCCUCUCAAAGAGACGAUUCUGAAGCCGCGAAAGCGGUAGAGGGACAUGCGAGAGCCGACUCUGAGGCCGAGAGCGCGAGGAAUUCUGACCAGCUAAGGCUGGCUGCCAAAAACAGGGCAAAAGCAAGUGAGGACGCGCUCCAGCUGGCUAAGGAAGUGAUUGCCAAGCUGGAAGCCGAUUUGGAAGAAUCGAAGAAGGCGAAGGAAAAAGUUGACUUCGAGGUUUCCAAAGCGUUCCAGGCUAGACAAGAAGCCGCCUUGGAGAGCUAUGCGGAAGAAGUGCCCAAAUUCGAGAAUUGA